GCUCAUUCGCUCGACCACAAACUUCGCUGGCGGACGCGUAGCGAACGAAAUAUGGCGGUGGCAUCACUCCGUCGGUAACAUUCCGUUUGUGUCGCGUGCCUUCGACAUGACAACCGUUGUCGGCUGAUGUCUCGUCGUCGCGCCUUGUGAUGUGUGUGAUGGCGCUCGGCGACCAAGUGUUCGUCGACCAACUGCGCCAGGUGUUUGAGUUGUGCGACGAAGAAAACUGCGGAUACAUCACGGCCGACAAGCUCCGCGAGCUCGGACGGGAACAUUUCGGAGGCAGCGAACAGGCGCUGUUGCAACUGGUGGAAUGCCUGGACCCAUCUCAGCGGGGCCUCAUUUCCUUCAAGGACUUUUACGCCGGCGUGGUGGCCUUACUCAAAGAUGCAGACACUUUGGGCUCCCCAACGACAGAUACCGUCUUGAUCGAGUCGAGCGACGAAGUGGACAUGUCCCUGAGGGCAGAGAGCCCCACAGACAGCGCCCUUCCUCCCAGCGACCGCUGCUCGCCUGUCAACAAGUGUGGCAGCAGUGGGAGUCCCAGCUACAGCGAUGCCGAGGAACGCUUCGAGUGCGAUGGAGAGGAGGAGGACUUUGGAGUCAUGGACAUUGGCAGGCCGUCCCUCAGUUCAGACAGUUUUCGAAGUCAGGGCAGCGGCGGCUCCGGGAGCGGCCGACGUCAACUGCCACAACGAAACUCCUGGUUACGAACUAGUCUUAGGCGAUCGGGGUCAAACAGGAAACAGUCCAGUCCAUUGGGAGGGGAGCCCUUCCAGAGCCUGGGCAGUAACCCCACGCUGGUGGUGGGCUGCCGCAGCUCGGGCUGCUUCGAGGCGGAGGAUCUCCAGUCGCUGAGCGAGCGCCAGCAGUGCGUGGACGACCUGAGCGACAAGGUGCUGCAGCUGCAGAGCCAGGUGUCUGCCCUGAGCGACAACCUCACCUCCAACGGGGACCUCUACCGGAGGGUCAAGCAGGAGAACGCCUCCCUCGUGGACAGGAUCCACACGUUGGAGGAGCAGAUCCGGGAACUGGAGAUCAAGUCUGACGAGCGAGUCCACGAGGAGGAGAGGAGGCUAAAGGAUGCUUUGAGUCGGCAGGAGCGGGAGACGAGCGCCGAGCUGGACCGGUGUGCGUCCCGGCUGCACUCGCUGCAGCAGGAGCAGCUGUCCCUGCAGGAGGAGACCCUCAGGCUCAGGGGCCUCGCAGACCGGCUCAAGCAGGAGAAGGCUCAGGUGGUGGACCAGCUUGAGCAGGCGCAGGCCGAGCUUUGCCAGCUGCGGGAAGAGCACCGGCACGUGCAGGAGCUAGCGAGGAGGGAGCGGGAGGAUGCCCUGCAGCAGAGGGCCCUGCAUGCGCAGCUGCUGCAGGACAUGGGCAGGGAGCUGGAGGAGCUCAGGAGGCUGAGGACCGACCGGGACGGGCGCCCCCGCAGCCCCAGCCUGCUCGACCUGUUGCCCGCACGCUGCCGGGAGCUCGAGGCUCAGCUCCAGGCGCUCAGGGACGAGAACAAGGCGUUGCGCGAAGCGAACGAGGAGCUCCAGGCUCAGCUGUUGAGCUCGCACGUAGAGGAGGGGAGGCACCUGGUGGGGCACGUCAACAGCCCCGACUCCCUGGCUGCGGAGUUCGACACCCUCGACACCCUUUCCAAGGACAAGCUCAUCGACACCGUGAAGCACGAGAAAGAGGACAACGUCCGCCUGCGCACCUACAUCGACAGCAUCCUUCUCAACAUCAUCGAAAAUCAUCCCCAGCUGCUGGAGGUCAAGCCCCCAAGCUGAGCCACGCCACUUGCACGCCGGAAACCGCAAGAAAUCACCGUCUCACCCAGGGUGUAAGAUAGACAGGUGGGGAAACGGCCCAUAGAAACCUACCGCAGCGCCGUGACCGGAUUGUGUACUCGUCUGCUUGCGGGUGGCUUGCGGGUACCCCCGAUUUGCAACAGAUGGCGCUGCGGCGAGAAGAAAAAAAAAUCGGAAUCGAAUUUGCAUGGAACUCUAUGGGAGAGUGCGCAAAAUAAACUGAGAGCACGACAGUCCUCCAUUGAAAAUCCACGAGAAACCUUCUCCAUCCGUUUAAUCGGUCGCCAGCGUUCGCCCACCUGGAGUUAGAGUUCGCGGUGCUCCACAUAGAUGGCGCCACAGAAAAAGAGAAAACAGAGGGGGACACAAUCCGGUCGCUCAUUUGGCUCUCGUUUCCCCACCUGUCUAUCUUACACCCUGGUCUCACCGCUUCUGUGCUCGUUGCCGACGCCGGAUGCCGUAUUUGCGAGAUUCCGAGCAGCCUCCUCGUAGAAAAACGGCGGCAUGUAAUCGGGCAGGAGAUGCUUACGUACGUCCACGCAACGUGCAUAUAUUUUUUUAAGUUUCGCCCGACUAGGAUUUUAUACUCUGGGGUGCUCGGAUUUGCGCAAAUAUGGCCGUUGAGCACCAUAGUUGCCGACGGCUUGGGAAACGCGGGGUAUGGCACGUCCUAGGCACCCUCUUAUCGCUGCGCAGCCGAUGACGAUGUGGCGCCGGCCGAUAUAAACCCUGAGGAAUGAACUGCGAAGCAAGAAACGCAGCUCAAUCAGGUACACCCCACGUUUUUUACGUUGUUGGUGAGCGUAAAAGAGGUUGUUUUAGGUACCUGAACUAUGCACCGGAUGUUCCAUGAUAUCGGGCAUAAAUUUCACUAAACUCCUUAAAGGCUCGUCGAUAACACACAAGGGUCAUGGAGUCCGAUACCAAUAAAGAGAAGUUGUUGUCGGAGGAAACGAAGACUGUAAACGACUUAAGGCCCCUGGUGCCGUUUUCUGCAACACCUUGCGAAUGCUAACGUGCGGUGCGUUCUCCGGGUGCCUAAAACUCUCUGUGCGAGACCUCUGGCCGCUACUCAUUUCCAUUCCAUUGCAAAUGCCUUCAAAAGAUGCCGUCCUAAAACCUUUUCGGAGUCUGUCUCGAGACCGGUGAAUCGUACUAACUGUUUUACAACCGACGAGUCGGAAAAUGUUUUAAGCUUUUAUAAAGCUCCAGCUUUAGGGCUCCACUGCCUCGUCACAAUCACGUUUUUCGUCGCCUCGCGAGCGUGCCGGUUCUCUCGAGAGGACGUAGAAAGUUUCUGCACUUUGCGAAAGCCUUACGGCAAUAUGUGCAAUGCACGUUAGCUGUUGUUUGAACGCUCUCGAGGUUCGAAUAUCGAAUCGUUUCGGCGGGGUCAGAAACUGUGAAGACGUGCGUGCGUCGCAUCGUCACAAAUGCAAUUGUGAUAGGACGCUCAUUUUUCUUUUUUCACAAAACUGCUUCAAGAGCUUGUUUGUCCAAUACAGUCAUCGUACGUCCACUGCCCAAGCACAGAUCAUGCGCGGUUUUAACCGCUAGUAAUGUAUUUGUAUUGUUUGUGAUUCGAGGUUUUUUUUUUUGUUUGUGCUAUAAGUGUGGGCUUGUGACUAAAUGUCGCGAGCAAGAAAAAAAAAAUUAAAUUUGUAUGUACAGUUUGCACAACUCGAAGGUAUAUCGCGCUUUGUUUUCUUUUGAAUAUCUGCAAGAAUUGUUUGCUGUAAUUUUUUUAUUUUGAACAAUUACGAAAUGCACGCACCAAAAAUGCUCAUUAUACCAAAUCGUCAUAGUUUAAUAUAUAGUAGGUUUAAUAUUCUUUGGACUACCUACUGGGCUUUUAUAAAGGUGGUCUUCACCUUUUUUUUUUCCUUCAUAACGCCUUGUUUUACAACUGAACUAGGUGCCUUUUAAUGACUGAAUGAUGAAUUUCACGAGGUGGGGCUAAGAUGGAGCAUCACCUUUAACUUCUGGAGCGCUAUCUCAAUAUGACGGGUGUACCAAUAUGAAGAAUGCUGCCGAAUUCACGGUGCUUUCACCUAGCAAGUAGCAUCUAUUACAAAGUAUGCGCACUUCCAUGACAUUUCAAUCUUUUAUAAAAAAAAAAACUCUGGAGCACCUUUUAUGAACUGUGCUUUUCACUGGUAUAGGAGCUGGGAAAACAUUUUUUUUUAAACAAUUUUAACUGCCCCAACAGUCCCAUCCCAUGUGCUACUGCUCUCUUUGUACAUAGACUUCUGCCGCGGAGAGUGAGUGCGGGGGACCAACGUUUUGUAAAUAAGUGCUUUGAGAUGUCUCUAAAAAUAAAGAUUUAGGUUACUUUA